AAAAAAAAGUGACGGAUACAAACAAACGAACAAACAAAAAAAAACGAGAAAAAAACAAGAAAAAAAACAGGAAAAAAACACGUAUAAGACUCCACCCAAUCAUCAUCAUUAUCAUCAUCAGCGGCCCCAGGGUGGAUCACACGGGGGUGGAGGAGCGGCGGCGGUGGAGGAGGCGGUGGUGGCUGGCAUGGGGGAGUGGCCUAACCCGACAGUAACGACCCCCCAGUACAACGGUGCUACCCUGGGGGACCACCACGACCUCUAGAAACCCCCGUGGGCGCUACCAUAGACUCUGCCAGGACCCAGGGGGGGGAGGGUCAACUGGGGGCGGUGGAGGUGGUGGGGGUGGCGGGGGAGGAGGACACAAGAAGAGGGUCCGAUUCUGCCCCAGUGUGAGUGUCGUACGGCACCCCCCCAGCAUCCGUCAGGGCCUGGGGGGACUGGAAGCCUUGGCCAUUAGGGAAAGGUAUGGGGAGGGAACCAGCUAUCUCUACUCUCCCCUCCCCUCCUCCUCCUCCCUUGCCCUCCGCCGCCAGCACCGAGACGAGCCUCUGAGGGUCAAGAUGCUGUCCUAUGUCCUACCCGUUGAGGAGAAGGUCGGGUUGAGAGGGGAGGAUGAGGAGAGGUCACCGGGAUCAGAAACUCGGCCGCUCCUUGGGUCAGGGGAAGGUGCGAGUCUGAUGGUCCUGCAACACGCUCUGACUCAUGCCCCAGGUCACGAAGAUGCCCCUGAGAAGCCCCCCAUGCCAGCUAGUCCCCCUCUCAACGGCGACCAUCAAUACCACACCACCACUAUCACCACCACAUCCAUGGAAACUCCACUACCACCUCCACCACCACCGCAAGACGCAUCUGUUGACUCCACGGCCACCAGCAGCACCGCCACCAGUCCUGGGCUUCAGCCACACCACCAAUCAACACCGGUCAACACCACCAUCACCACCACCACCACCACCACCGCGAAACCUAAUCUGAAAAGGGUCUCCUUUGGGUCCAGCAAGGGAUCCAUGGUGGAGACCCUCAUCUACGACUCCCCCGUGGGCGAGGAGGAGAGGAUACCGGAGGAGGAGGACGCCCCCCACUCCACCCCCGCCGCCCCUCACUUCAAGGACCCUGUCUCGCUAAGGUUUGGGACCGAGACAGGCGCCCAGCAGAAACCCGCGUCCAAAGUCCGGGUGACCUUCUAUGAAAGCUCGAAGCCCCUCAUCGUGACCUCGCCCGAGCCGUCUGACCUCGACCAGUACUCCCCCCAGGACCUCCUAAUGGCCUCCCCCACGGCAGCUGACCCACACAUGCCCGCCUUCGACAGACAGAUAAGCACGGAGAGUGGGCGCGACAACCCCUUCCGACCUGAUGGGGACAUUAGCCGAGAAGCGGACCAGAUCGUGGAGGCCAUCAAAUCGGGGCGGCCCCUCCUCGCCCCGCCAGCCUCCCCCGACGCCCCGGACGCCCCAUCGCCCCAGGGAACCCCAGUAACGGAGCCCCUUCUGACCCCGACGGAGGCUUCAUCACCGCAAGAGGCCCCAGUCAAACCCCAGGGACAGGGGCGAACGGGGCAGGGUCGGGGGGCGAAUUUGGGGUCCCCGGGGAAGGCUGGGGCGAAUGGUUCUGCCCCGGGGGAUAGCGCCUCCACCCCCGGCCCCGUGGAGGUGAAGCACGUUACGGUAUCCCCAACGGAGGCUACAGAUGUGGAGCGGGUUGUCAUUAAGAAAAAGAAUAAGUGUGGCUGCUGUGUGAUCCAGUGAGGGUGUGUGUGUGUGUGUGUG